AUGAGAGGGACUAAAGCCAUUUUCCUCGUUUUAUUGUUCGGCCACCUCUCUGCUCUACCAGAUACAAUUCGAAUAGGGGGUCUUUUUCAUCCUGAAGAUGAUAAACAAGAAGUUGCAUUCCGCUACGCCGUAGAAAGGGUGAACGCAGACCGCGCUGUGUUGCCGCGAGCCAAAUUACUCGCCCAAGUAGAAACAAUAUCGCCACAAGACAGUUUUCACGCAUCUAAACGAGUAUGUCAUCUUCUAAGAAGCGGUGUCGCAGCUAUUUUUGGACCCCAAUCGGCCCCCGCGGCAGCACACGUACAAUCUAUUUGUGACACAAUGGAACUGCCCCACUUGGAGACGAGAUGGGACUAUCGUACUAGACGCGAGUCCUGUCUUGUUAACCUCUACCCACAUCCCGCUGCACUUAGCCGAGCUUACGUGGAUUUGGUGCGGGCUUGGGGUUGGAAGUCGUUUACGAUAGUUUAUGAAAACAGCGAUGGUUUAGUACGCUUACAGGAGUUAUUGAAAGCUCAUGGGCCUUCCGAGCUUCCCGUAGCAGUUCGACAGCUGCCAGAUUCACACGAUUACAGGCCUCUCUUGAAACAGAUAAAAAAUUCAGCGGAAUCACAUAUAGUACUUGACUGUACCACUGAAAGGAUACGAGAUGUUCUACAACAAGCACAGCAGAUUGGCAUGAUGUCAGAUUACCACAGCUACCUCAUCACUUCGUUGGACCUUCACAGCGUAGAUUUGGAAGAAUUUAAAUAUGGCGGGACGAAUAUAACAGCGCUGAGGCUACUCGACCCAGAGCGAGCCGAAGUUCAGCGGGUAGUUCGGGAUUGGGUUUACGAUGAAGCGAGAAAGGGUCGGAAGCUCCAACUGGGGCAUACUUCGUCCAAGGAAAAUAUGACUUUUAUCAAGACAGAAACCGCAUUGAUGUACGAUGCGGUACAUUUAUUUGCUAAAGCGUUACACGACCUUGACACUUCGCAACAAAUCGAUGUUAGACCGCUGUCUUGUGAAGCGGAAGAUACAUGGCCACAUGGAUACAGUCUAAUUAACUACAUGAAAAUUGUUGAAAUGAAAGGCUUAACAGGAGUUAUAAAGUUCGACCACCAAGGGUUUAGAAGCGACUUUACACUCGAUAUCAUCGAACUAACCAGAGAAGGCCUUCAGAAAGCAGGGUCUUGGAAUUCUUCGGAAGGUGUUAAUUACACAAGAUCUUACGGCGAUAAUCAAAAACAAAUAGUUGAGAUUCUUCAGAAUAAAACCCUUAUCGUAACUACAAUUUUGAGUGCGCCAUAUUGCAUGCGACGAGAAGCAAGUGAGAAACUAACAGGAAACGCUCAGUUUGAAGGAUACGCCAUUGAUCUCAUUUACGAGAUAUCUAAAGUUCUCGGCUUCAAUUACACGUUCAAACUCGCUCCUGACGGUCGAUACGGAUCUUUUAACAGGGAGACGAAGGAAUGGGAUGGAAUGAUUCGGGAGCUUCUGGAACAAAGAGCAGAUGUUGCGAUCGCCGACCUCACUAUCACUUAUGAUAGGGAACAAGUGGUCGACUUCACAAUGCCUUUCAUGAACUUAGGCAUUUCAGUACUUUACCGAAAACCUAUUAAGCAACCACCGAACUUAUUCUCGUUCUUAUCACCCCUGUCACUUGAUGUUUGGAUUUACAUGGCAACGGCGUACUUAGGAGUUUCCGUGCUUCUGUUUAUACUUGCUAGGUUCACUCCAUAUGAAUGGCAUCAAACUCAUACCCCGGACGGUGAAAAAAUGGAAAAUAUCUUCUCUCUAUCAAACUGUUUGUGGUUUGCAAUCGGAUCUCUAAUGCAACAAAGCUGUGACUUUUUGCCCAAGUUCAGCCCGUACGAGUGGGACAGCCGCAACUGUCUCGACGAGCCGCCAGUGCUGGAGAAUCAGUUCACGCUGUUGAACUCGCUGUGGUUCACUAUCGGGUCCUUGAUGCAGCAAGGUUCGGAUAUCGCACCGAAAGCGGUGUCAACACGGAUGGUGGCAGGAAUGUGGUGGUUUUUCACAUUGAUCAUGAUAUCUUCCUAUACUGCUAACUUAGCCGCCUUUUUGACUGUCGAACGAAUGGACUCGCCUAUUGAAAGUGCUGAAGAUUUAGCAAAGCAGACCAAAAUCAAAUACGGAGCACUGAAAGGAGGAUCUACGGCUGCAUUUUUCAGGGUAAAAUUAUCA